AUGGACGAAAUCAAAGAGCAAACGAAAAGCAUCCCGAACCUCACCCAAGAGACCCACGAUCGAUGGUUUCGACAAAUGAAAAUACAAUUGAAAGGAAAGGAUUGGUUCUAUACGAUUGAGUCUACAUUGCAAGAGCAUGCUAAGGUUGGAGGAGUUGGGAUGGAAGUCGAUGGUACCGAAGUUUUCCCGAUCCUCGAAGGAAGCAAAGUCGUGAACAUCAGGCUUAACCUCGAUAAGAAGGCCAAAUAUUUGAAAGAUGAAGCUAGUGCACUAUCGUACAUGUGCAGAUCACUCAGUGACGACGAUGAAGCGCUUGUUGAUGAGUACGAUACAGCACGAACAUUAUGGAACUACCUGAAGUCAAAGUACUCAAGAACUAGUGAUAUCACAGCCAAUUCGUACUUAACAAUGAUCCAAACAUUUACCUUCAAGCCUACUAGCCAUCCAGAGAUGACUGUUAUUGAAGCCUGGGAUAAACUGAAAGAAUACCGACGCAAGCUUGGUGCUGCCAACCCCGCAUUCAAGGAUUCAUACAGAGACGAAGCUCUAUUUUUAGUUCUGACUAGAAGCCUACCAAGCGAAUACCAAACAACAAUCGAUGCUAUGAGCGUUCAAAGCACGCUAGCAGUGGAAGACAAGAUCAAAUAUCUCACAGCUAAAGAACUCAGCAUUCAAGAGACAGAACAAGCCCAUACUGCUAGCGGAAAGUACGUAAUCCCAAAUCGACGAGGAGAACGCAGAGGAUCAAGCCCAUUUGCAAAGCAAGAACAAGACGAUGAAGCCAAAACCUAUGUUUGCCACCUGUGUGAGCACGAAGGGCACUUUCUACGUGAUUGCAAAGAUCUCACACUCGCACAAGCUCUGAUCCGCAAACACUAUAAAGCCCAGCAACGGAAAGCAACACUUAGAAAGACAACCAAAGUGUCAUUUCCUAAGAAAAGAAGUAAUCAAGCUCAUCUUGCAGAUGGCGAAAGUCUUUUAGUUGAUCUCGAUUCAUCAGAAAGCGAAGAAGAGUCUGAUGACGAAGAGUGCCAUGUCUCUAAAGAACUCAUUCGUAAGACCACCCCUUCUCGUUGGUACGCAGAUACCGGCGCUUCCUCACACAUGUCUGAUCAACUUUCACUCUUUAGAGAUAUCAAGAAGAUAAAGAGAAAGACGAUAAAAGUUGGUGGGGGAGUUAUGUACUGUGAUCGGAUAGGUACUGCUGCAAUGGAGCUAGGAAAUGGUGGUAUGGUUUUACUCUCAAAGACGUUGUAUGUACCGGGAUUAGGAGUCAAUCUCCUCUCCGGCAAGAAGAUCUGUGAAGCUGGACUCAAGGGCAGGUUCAAUUCAGAUCGUAUGUACUUUCGAAAGAAUGGAAUAAAUAUCAUCAAAGCAAAAAUGGAUAGAGGAAUUUAUAUGAUCUCGGAUAUCGCGAAAGGAUAUGAAGAUGUCGCUCUACAGAGCACAGAGAUUAUUAGUGAUAUUGAAUCGAACGAGAUCACUCUAGACACCUCCUUAGACAAGAACAAAAAGGAUCUAGAAACUUAUCUACUAUGGCACAGACGAUUUAACCAUCUUGGCCCAGAGAAAAUACGGAAUCUCCAUAAAGUUACUACACUGGGAAAGCCGAUCAAAGUCCCAUCCAAAAUCCCUGUAUGCGAAGUGUGUGCGCUCACCAAGAUGAAGAAUCUAAUCCCAAAACAACUCAGUCCUCACAAGACGAAAAGAUUAGAGCUUAUUCAUUUUGAUAUCGCUGGCCCAUUCCCAAGGUCUUUACGAGGAAACCGCUAUUUCCUAUUGAUCAUAGACAGCUGGACAAGAGUGAAUUGGAUUUUGACCUUGAAGACAAAAGAUGAAGCUAUACCGAGAUUGAAGAAAUGGAAAACCGAAUUAGAACUUGGCAUUGGUGAUGAGAUAGUAGCCGCUCGAACUGAUAAUGCACCAGAGCUAAUCCAAGCCGUUAAGGAGUGGAACUCUGGGACCCGAUCAGAACUGACUACCGUAGCAUCAUCUCAUCAAAAUGGAACUGCUGAAAGAAACAUCGGCACUGCCGAAGCCGAUAUGAGAGCUAUGCUAAAGGAAGCUGGAUUGCCAUUGGAAUUCUGGGACGAAGCUGUUGAAUAUGAUGCACACUGCAGGAAUAGAACGAACACUGGACCGAUCAUUGACGACAGCGUUACACCCCUGAAAGAUACUCUUUUUCGGAAACGCAAGCGAGACGAUAGUGAGCCAGAUGAGCAUGUCCAGAAACUGAUAAGAGCAAUGAUAGCGAUACUCUCAGCAGACCCUGAUGGAAGUGCUAUCGAACAUGCUAUGAUCUCCAUACCCCUUACAUCUAGGAUCGACCCGAGCGUUAAAACAAAACUAUCCGAAAACCUUCAAGUGAUCUUAGGGAGCUCUACAGACGAGGAUACAGCUUUCCCCGCAGAACAGAUUCUAGGAAUCCCUAUUCCUAACACAUAUAAUCAGGCAGUCUCGGACCCUGAAUAUGGUGAAAAAUGGAAGCGAGCUAUCGAAGAGGAAAUCAGCUCAUUGAUUGCAAAUGGUACCUGGGAAGAGUAUAUUCUGCCGAAAGGAGGGAAUCUUGUUUCAACAAAAUGGGUAUUCACAAUAAAGACGAAGGACAACAAGGUCGAGAGAUUCAAAGCACGGCUGGUAGCAAGAGGGUUUAGUCAAGUUCUCGGAAAAGACUACAAUGAGACCUUCGCUCCUACACACCAUGCUAAGAAGAUACCCGCUGCCGACUACUCAUGUUUACGACCCGCUACUGAAGAUGACGAACUGAUUGAUGUUACUGAAUAUCAACAAGCCAUAGGUAGUCUUAUUCACCCAAUGAAACUCAAAUAUGGACCUGAGGGAGUACAGUACCAAAUCGCAAAGGAAUACAACCUAUCAGCAGAUACUAUAAAAGUCUUCACUGACGCAGAUUGGGCAAGUGAUCGAUAUGAUCGGAAAAGUAUUUCUGGGGGAGUUGCUAUGUUUUAUGGAGGACCGAUAUCGUGGGCUAGCAAGAAGCAGAAUUCAGUAGCAACGUCAAGUGCUGAGUCCGAAUACAUAUCAAUGGCGAUGUUCACCAAGCAAGGGAGAUGGGAUCUUACUGAAAAAGAAAAGGUAGUGACUAGCUAUAUCAAUACGUCAGAUAUGGUAGCAGACGGGAUGACCAAACCCCUAGCAAGAGUAGCAUUCGAAAGGUUCAAAGAGAUGCUAGGAUUGAGACAAUAG